AUGGAUGCCGAUCAACCCGUCGACACAUGGAUAACAGAGAACAAAGCCAAGAAAUUGACUGCCUUGCACUGGGCUGCCAAACAUGGUAACGAAGAUGUUGUUAAACUCAUUGCCGGCACAUACAAAGCAGACGUAAAUGCCAGAACUAAUGGGGGAUAUACACCUUUACAUCUUGCUAUGCAAUUCGGAAGGGAAGAUAUAUUUGCACUUCUGUGCAAUGUUUACAAAGCAAAUCGAGAUCUUAUGGACUGGAGCGGCAACAAACCAUUGGACUAUCACAAGCAGCGCACAAGUGUCUCGGCUUCAACUUACAGCAGUGAGUAUGAUGUGUUUAUGCCUCAACUGCCGGCGAAAUUCCGUAACCUUAAUGCUGGUGGAACGGUUGGUUUUUCGCGUAAAAAGCGCUCCCAAGGUCGUUAUGCCACCAUGUCUGGAAGUUCCCUUUUGCGUAAUCAAUCAAUUAUGGCCAGUAAAAAACGAAAAACACUCCAAUCGAUGUUGGACCAAGAUCCACAAGCUCAACUAAAGCCAUCAGGAGCAUUCUCUUCGCCUGAUAGAGCGACUGCGACGUCGACAAACAAUAACAAUGAUGUCCUUAGUUCGGACUCAGGUUCCCCAUCAAACAACUACUAUGGCAAAAUUCCAAGUCGUCGCAAGGAGAGCUUUUUACGCAAGACAUUCCGCGCCGCCAGCAAUAGGUCGGAAAUGGUAACUAACAACCACAACUCGGAGGAAGAAGAAAUCAAGGCAAGGAGAAAACAUACAGAAAAAGAUUUGGGAUUCCUGCGGAUUGGUUCUUUGAAUGUGAGAGUGAAGAAGACAACAGAAGCAUUCAGCAACUUCUUGGGAGUGGGCAAUGGCAACGGGAAUACGAACACUCACGCGGUGACGGGUCCAGCAGGUCAUCAACACCAUCCCCAUCACCGACACCAUCCACAUGCUAUAACAGCUGCGAAUCCGAUGAUGCGGACAAUCAAACCCUUAGGGACGUCGACUCAAUUGACAACUCGAGCGAGUGUUCCCAUCAAUACGAAGAAUAAGUUUGAAAAAAUCCAUAAAACUUGGGGCUCAGCCGAUAAUAUUCCUCGAGAUGGAAGUGCUGGUAUGCCACCGCCACAAGGAAGUGACUCGCUCAAAACUCGAAAGACCAAACGCAAUAACACAUCUGAAUGCCGGACUACCUUGACAGGAUACAGCAGUAUGCCAACCACUCCGAAUCAACUGCGGGCUCCGAUUGGUAUAUUAUCGGAACAAGUUGUGAGCAUGGGCGAUUCUGAUUCGGAUGUAGCUUGUGGUUUUGGAUCUAAUUGGUCAGUGAGCCGUAAUAGUUUAGGUGGCAGUGGCAGCGGCAGUAGUCAAUCGAAUGCACCUGCCCCAAGAUAUGGAUAAAGCAAUUUACUUAACAUUGACUAAAAUAUGCAAAGCUGUAUAUUGUUUAUUUUGAACUCGAAUACCUAUAAUAUUAUCAUUUUUCAUUUAUUUUUUAGAAAUGUUUGCAUUUUUAUGUAAGGGAUUUUCUUAGACACAAGAUUAAAAAAGUAUUUUUUAGUUGAUUAGAUUAAAUACGAUAAACAAUUUAUGUAAUAAAAAAAGUGUAUUUUUGUAAAUUUCAACAAAAUUUUAUUUACUGUUUUACUACAAUUAAAAAACUAUUUUUAAUAAAGCACUUAUAAAAAUAUAAGUAUCCAUUUUUUAAA